AUGAGGGUGGCGAGCCGGAGCCUCGCUUGCUCGGUGCACCAGAGGCGGCUCGGGCUCUCACUCGCUCCGCCGCUCAGGCGGCGCAGCUCGGCAGCCGCAGCUCCCGACCUCGCCUCCACCCUCUGGCGCGCCCUCCUCGCCUCCGCGCGCCGGUACGACAAGGAGCCCGCCCUCCGCUCCCUGCUCGCCACGGCGCGCACGGCGGAGCACGACAUCACCAGCGGAGCGUGGGCCGAGGCUGAGCGGCCGGCGCUCGGAGAUCUGCAAUCGGCAGAGGAGGUGGCCCAGCGGGUCGCCGAGCACGCCGUGCACCGGCUUUGCGACGGCGGCCGCCUCUACGUGCCGGGCAAGUCGGACGGAGCCGACAGGCGCGCCGUCGCGGCGGUCCGUGACGCGGCUCGGUCGGCGCUGGACGUGGCUCCGAGCCACCUGUUAGUGGACGCCGGGUUUGCGCUGCUUCGGAUGCUCGAGGCGCCGGUCCGCAUCUCGGAACGGGUGCUCUCUCCGCGGCCCGGGCGAGAGGCGCGCGACGGCGAGCUCGAGCCGCCGCCCCGCCGGGUGAGCCGCCCGGCGCCUCCGUCCGCUCUCUCGGUGCGGCCGGCUCCCAGCCAGGAGGAGGCCUUCAGCGCGGGUGCGGUGCUGGUGUCGCACCCGCUGAUGCGGCGCGACGUCGUGCUGCUGCUGCAAGCGGACGGGCCUGCCGGGUACGCCUUUGGCGUCGUCACCAACCAGCCGACCGGCGAGCCAAUCGCUCUCAGUCAGGCGCGCCGCUCGGAGGAGGGCCUCUUGCCGGCGCCGAUUCUGCGCGCGCGCUCUGCGUCGGCCGCGCGCCGCGCCGAGCUCGAGCUCUUCAGCGAGUCGACCGUCUUCUACGGCGGGCCGGACGGCGGCUGGAACGUGACGAUGCUCCACCCGCACGGCGGCGUGGCGGGCUGCGUACGCGUGCGCGACGGGCUCUACUACGGCGGCGACCUCGCCUCCGCGGCGGCGAUGGUGAGGGAGGGCGAGGCGGCGGCGGCCGACUUUUGCUUUUACCGCGGGCGGAUCGAUUGGCAGCCCGGUCAGCUGGCGGGCGAGUGCGAGAUGGGGGAGUGGGUGGCCGGCGGCUGGGACGUCAACCCGCGCGGCAGCGGAGGCGGCGACGACAGCUUCCACGGCCUGCCGAGCCACAGCGGGGGCGACGCCGAGGGCGGCGGCGGCGAGGCGCGCUCCUGGCCUCCGCCCGGACUGAUGCCGAGGCUGGCGAGGUACGCGGCGACGGCGUCGGACCUGCAGCUCUCCGACGGCGUGCUCGGCGGGGGCGGCGGGGGCGGCAGGCUCCGCUCGUACAAGGUCGGCGCGUGGGCGCACGUUGUGUCUGCGCUCGCGAGAGGGGCGGAGGAGGCGGCGGGAGGCGAGGCUCCGCACCCGCUGCACGAUUGGCUCCGACUCCACCCCGUCGAGGCUGAGGAGGCGCGGGCCCCGGGCUUUCCCCUCUUCUCGGCGGCGGAGCUGCACCGCGGCGGCGGGCGCAACGCGGAGGGCACGCUGCAGCCUCCGGCCUGGCGCACGCGCGAGGAUUGGGAGGCAGCCGAGAAGUGA